UCGCCCCUGCGCGCCCCGCGUCCGCCGAAGGGAGCGCGGCGCCGGCGCCUCCGCGGGGCUGUGUGUGAUGGUGGGGGCAUGGCGGGGCAGCCGGCGGCCGCGGUGCUGCUGAGGCGGGGGGCGGCAGGUCCCGGCCCCGGCGGCGGCAGCAGCAGCAGAAGCAGCAGCGGUAUCGAGCUGUCUCCCUCUCCCCGCUGAGAGAAGGAGGGAGCGCCUCGCCUCGCCGUGCCAGCCGCCGCCAUGCUGCCCGGGGUGGGGGUGUUCGGCACCGGGCUGACGGCGCGGGUGAUCGUGCCGCUGCUGAAGGCGGAGGGCUUCGCCGUGAAGGCGCUGUGGGGCCGCACGCCCGAGGAGGCGGAGGAGCUGGCCAAGGAGAUGAGCGUCCCUUUCUACACCAGCCGCAUCGACGAGGUGCUGCUGCACCAGGACGUCGACCUGGUCUGCGUCAACCUGCCGCCGCCGCUCACCCGGCAGGUCGCCGUCAAGACCCUGGGGACUCUCCUGCCCCUUGGCACGUGUCUGUGUAUAUGCAUUGGGAAAAACGUCAUCUGUGACCGAACGGCGACUCCCCUGGAUGCCUUUAGGAUGAUGACUGCGGCUCAUUAUUACCCAAAGCUCAUGAGCAUCAUGGGGAACGUUUUGCGCUUCCUGCCUGCUUUCGUGAAGAUGAAGCAGCUGAUCCAGGAGGGUUAUGUGGGCGAGCUGCUGGUGUGUGAGGUGCAGGUCCACAGUGGCAGCCUGCUGGGCAAGAAGUACAACUGGAGCUGUGAUGACCUCAUGGGAGGGGGUGGCUUGCACUCGGUGGGCACCUACAUCAUCGACCUGCUGACCUUCCUCACCAGCCAGAAGGCCGUGAAGGUGCAUGGGCUGCUCAAGACCUUCGUGAAGCAGACCGACCACAUCAAGGGCAUCCGGCAGAUCACCAGCGAUGACUUCUGCACGUUUCAGAUGGUCCUGGAAGGGGGCGUGUGCUGCACGGUGACGCUCAACUUCAACAUCCCAGGGGAGUUCAAACAGGACAUCAUCGUGGUGGGCUCGGCGGGACGGCUCACUGUGAUAGGCACUGAUCUCUAUGGACAGAGCAACAGCUCUCCUCAGCGGGAGCUCCUGCUCAAGGACUCCACGCCAGUCAGCAACUCCUUGCUUCCGGAGAAAGCCUUCAGUGACAUCCCAUCCCCCUACCUGCGGGGCACCAUUAAGAUGGUCCAGGCUGUCCGGCAGGCCUUUGAGGACCAGGAUGACAGGAGGACCUGGGACGGGAGGCCCCUUACGAUGGCUGCCACUUUUGAUGACUGUCUGUAUGCCCUAUGUGUGGUGGACACCAUUAAAAAGUCAAACCAGCUGGGGGAGUGGCAGAACAUUUCGAUCAUGACUGAGGAGCCAGAACUGAGCCCGGCAUAUUUGAUCAGCGAAGCCAUGCGGAAGAGCAGGAUGUCUCUGUACUGCUAGCUCCUCUGAGCUCCUAAGAGAGAACAGGAACCAGACAGCUCUUGAAGGAGAUGGUAUUUCAGCCCAUCUUGGGUGUCUUGAGUGUGCUGAGGAUAAAGGAGAAGGAAACACAGUGUCUGUAUCAAUUUAAUCUGUUGGCAGCUAAAUGCCAAACUGAUACGGUCCUUUGAGAUGCCCAAAAUGGACAGGAAACUUCAGAGCUGAUAGACUUAACUGUUUUAAUAACAGUAUUAGCUGGCUGAUUGCAAAGAUACAUCACACACUCAUCCCCUGCUUGCGGGUGCUCUAGAUUAUCCAAUUGUGUUUACUGUGAAAGGUUGGGAAGAUUUUCCUUACCUACCAGAGGGCUGUGAAGGUACUGUCAUGUCGUUAAAUUUUCUGUAGUGUCUGACAUGAAUGGUUCCUACCAUGACAGCUGACACCACCAUGCUGUAUUACUACUCUUCCAACCAACACACAGAAUAACAGGACUUGAUGUGAUAGUGCUGCAGGAUUCAGAAAAUCUUGGCAGCUCACUUUUCAUAUAACCUGUUAGGAGCUUCUCUGUGUUGGUUUAGUAGUUGUUUUUUGCUUGGUUUGGGUUUUUGUUUUGUUUUGUUUUGUUUUGUUUUGUUUUGUUUUGUUUUGUUUUAAAGCACCAAUAAAUAGGAAAAUGUGUGGCUUUUAAAAAAAAGCAGUCCUCAACCACAGUACAUGUGCCUGGGUAUUUGGGGAGGGAGGGUCUUCUGUGAGCUCCUGGUAAGCGUCAGUGUUACAGGUUUGCUGAUUAAAAUGGAUGGUGGAAAACCUUCAUGGAUGGCAGGUGGCAUGACGCAGUAAUGGUAAUGGGGUUUGUUACACAGCCGAACUCAGGCUAGUCUUACAAAGAUUUGCACAAAAUUUCCUGUGUUUGGGACUGACUUUUGAGUGACUCAUCAUGCAUUUUGGUUUUAGGGGGGAAACAGUAGGAAUAUAACCCAAAACCAUACGAUGUUUAGGUGAGUGGUGUUCUUUUAAACCACUGUGAACUCACACUUAAGAGAUGCACACCAACAAGUAAUUUCACAUCCCUCAACCCAGAAGUUUUCACCUUCACCAAGUGGUGGGUGUGAGUGGAAAACAAAAGGGAGGAGAAAAUUUCCCAUCUAUUUACAAGGAAAAAAUUACAUAGGACCCCCAGCCUCCUCGCCUCCUUAAAGUGGCCAGCUACUGGUACUGUAUUAAUCAUUCCCUGUCACCAGUGCAGGGGUGGACAAACUCUUUUGCUAUGUUUGUCUUGUUCUUCUUUUUAAUAUUUUGUAUAGCAGUCUUGAAAUAAUUAUUCUUCUGAGAAUAUCUUCUUGAAAGAAUACAGUGAAAGGCACAUGAUUUGUCCCAGUAAACAGGGAUACUGUUUUUUGUGUAAAGCUGCUCCAGUGCUGAUGUGUUUACAGCGCUAGGUCUUCAGAUAGUAAAAGAGUAGAACACAAGCAUAUAGCACUAAAUCAUAUUGAACUUGAGAAAAACCUUUUCAGGGUUUUUGUUGUUAAUUUUGACUAGGGGAAAUAGGAGAACAUUGGCAUGAGCAGUAAAUCUAAAGAGAAAAUAUAUUUUUGAACAGGAGGGCAUCAGUAGUGUUGUUCAUCUUACCUGGCUUCAGUCAGCUCAGAGUUGGAUGUCUUGUUCUGAUCAGCAAGAACACAGCAGUCAAUACAGAGAGAGCUCUUCAAAAGCUGACUCAGUUCACCUUAGGAUUAAUAUAGAAAGAGGUGCCUACUGGAAAUGCCUGUCCUCCUUCUUUGCAGAGAAUUUUUGCUUCUAAAUUUUGAUGUGGCUGAAGUUAGGAAACUUGACUCCCAGCCCAAAAUUAUUCAUAUCUGCUUAAUAUUUCAAGAGCAUACGUGUGACCUUCUGUUAAAUAGUCCGCAAAGUGUAAUAGUGUGACUGAUGAAGGAAUAAUGUAAUACUCCAAAACUGCACCCUAGGGGAGAAUUGUUUCUAUCUGUGUUGUUCUGCCAGUUCUAGCAACUCUCUCUGGGGCUGUUUCUGCUAAAACCUCAGGCAAGGCUUCAUCAUUCCUUCUUGGAAGCAGCCCUUGACAAGUUUGAUUGUUUUUCUUCAAAAUGGGUUUCUCUGAGAAUUCCAGAGGUAGUAUCCAUGUCAAUAGGAAUUUCCCAUUGCAGCUGUCACGGUGUACACCAUGCUAUCCAGUUCCUGCCCUGAAAAGUAACACAGACGAGAGGAUUUGAUCAAGAAAUCUCCUGUCUGUUUCCUGAAAAAUGGAAUUACUCCCAAAGGAUCAAGACAGUUUUCAUACAGUGAAGCAAAACCCAUUUACUGAAAAGAGUGGCUACUUCAAGUCAUGAAUGCAAGCCUGGUGGAUAAUUAACCAUGUCUAGUUAAAUAUCAUCCAAAAGUGGAACCAAACAUGGACCAAAAUGUUUGUGAGUCUUGCUUCUCAGUGGUUUGGUGAUUGUGCUGGAGUUGCUGUUCAUGUUCUUGCACUUCGUUUUGGUUCACAAAUGUUGGCUGUGAUUGGCUGUGAUUCCUGUCUGUGUUUUCUUCUUUACCCUGUCUUUCUGGGUUUUGUGGUGCCAGUUGGAAUCCUUUUCCUUGCCCCUGCAGUGAUCAGGUGAGACACAGUGAGUAGAGAUAGUACUACUGAGCUCACACUUUGUGCCUCAGAUCCAAAGGCUUAGGUGACAGGCAUCGCCCAUCCUCUGUGCAGACCUACUGAUGCAGCAGAAAGAAAAUCCAGUGCUUUGGUUAUGCAGGUAUCUGAUGUUGCUGCUUCUACUGGCUUGAGAAUGGGUCAAGUCUUGUACAGCUCCUUGUGGUGGCCCAGAGGGAGCAGGGACAGGGUGGGACCUCCUCUUCUAAUGGCAGCAGAGAUGCUAGAUUUGUGUUACCUAAGUGGGAUGGCAGCAGGAACUGCAUACCUUCAGGAUUGUGUGGCAGUUUUUCCAUUCUCUUGGAGGUGAAGGUGCUGCAGUGUCAAGUGUAAACAAACUAAACUUCCACCUGGCUUGGAGAAGGAAAGAAUAGUUUUAUUUAUUGAAUGUGUAUUGUUAUUCUGACAAGUAGUUUCUUUAUAGUCUGGGAUUUUUCUUUGCAGCACCCAGCUCUCUAUUCCUUUGGUACAAUUGAAAGUGCAUUGAAUUUGCCCUAAGUAGCCUCUGGAGUUCAAGCUGGGUUUAGGAAUUUGGGCAGCAGAUAGCAGAGAUGUACUUGAUUGAACUCAGAAGCGGUACCAUCCCAGGAAACAUCUACUUGGAAUUGCACUUUUAAUGCUGUGCCACAAGGUUUGAGAUGAAUGCUGCUAAAUUCGUGAAGGCCAAAGAGCCAGACUGCAGCUACUGCUGGAAUUUGCAGUAGCCCUCUUUCCCAGGGUUGCUGUUGGAGAGGCUCUUUCCUUUGCUAUCAGCUUGUGCACAUAGAAUACCCAUCGUUAUGGUCUGUUGCCAAAGACAAAAAGAGCCAAAGGCUGAGCUUCACUGCUCUGCAGGGCUCUGCUCCAGUGCUGGGACAGUGAACUGGGAGAGGGUGUCUUAUUUCCCAUGGGAAUUGCAUUGGGGUUCAUGCCAGGGGUAGGGCAACCCUGUGCUGUGACAGCAGGGCACAACUGAACUCCUUAAAUGCGCCCCAAGGGAGGGAAGGUGACUGCAGCAGGGAGCAGCAGGCAGGUGUCUGCAGGCUGGUACCUCUGUGCCUGCCUACAGGGAGGAUAUGCUGGUGGUGUGGAGGGUGAGGGCUGCAUUUUCUGAGGGUGACAGCAGCAUCCUUGCUCCACCUCUGUGCGUGGGAGCCCAAGAAGGGACCCUGCCCUUGGGGAAGCAGGAUCCAUCCCAUACUCUUGAUGGAUUUGCAUAUCCUCAGUGCUGAUCUCAGUGAAGUCCUACAUAGAAACAUAAGAACUCUGCAGGAGUUUGAGGUUUCCUGUAUCUAGUACCACACGUGUUACAUCCAUAGUACUUCAGCUGUGUAGUUAGAAAAUACCAGGUAGAGACAAUGGGGCCUUACCCACGCAGCCAGCACGACAGAGAAUCAUGCCAUGCCUUGAUGAGUUUCAGGUCAGGAUGGGCUGUGCUGGAGCUCGUCCUUUGCUCUGGCUGGAUGCACAAGAAAUCCCUGCCCAGCCAGCAUCAAGCAAUCAGAGGCACUAUCCAUUUAGUACAAAGUGUUCCCUUCUUUUCCAUAACUUUCAAAAAAGUGACUGUACAAGUGAACAGCUGUCCUAGAAGUUCAGCCAUUCAAAGAAAGGAGGCUUUUCUGCUGCAUGUGGUCACAGCACAAGGACAGUCCAAUCUCUUGUUUAUUUUUGUGUCCAUACAAAUAUGGAAUAGACCCAGACAAUUUAAAAUUACUCACUGAUCUAGCAAGAAAAGGCAUAUUUUAUUUAAUGUGUAAAGGUAAACAUAGUAUCUUGAUGUUGUUUUUGCAGAGGUUCAGAAAUUAAUGAUGCCAGAACUUCUUGUUGCUGGGAAAUUUUGUAUUUGACUUUUAUUUUUGUCCUUCAGCAUAAAAUGUCACUCCUUAUGAAGUCUAUUCACUGGUAAGUUCUCUAUUUACAAGCUGGAGUUCCGGCUUUGUACAGAUACUCCACACUGGUUUGGUAUUCCAGUGGCCCAGUGAUGUACCCUUAGUAUGUAUGAAACUCAGCACUGCACUUUUGACCUCUGCAGUGAUGUCUGGGUAUCUGGGGCUAGUUGUGAAAUUGCAGGAUUAUUCAGGACAGCAGUUUCUUUUUGUUGGUGUUGAGGUUGUUACUUGUGGGGAGAAAAGCUUGUAAAUUUUAGAGAUGAAGUGCGACUGAAUAAUAUUUGGCAGUCUUAUCUGCUUUAAAAUUUCCUCUUUCUUGAGCUGCUCAGUGAAGUCAGUCCAAUAAAAAUAAUUUCCCCUUAACUGCCCACUUCCAUUUGCUCAUGAAAAUAAGAAAAUUUUAAGUAAAUGGGACUAUACAUAAUGCUGCAUUCAUGAACUGAUGUCAAAACCUCAUGACUUAAUGAGUGUAUGAAGCCACAGUCCAAACAAGUAAUGUCUUUUUUGAAGCUGCCAGAUCGAGGCCUCGGGGUUGGGGAAAGAAGGGUAUCAGUGCAGGUUAGACUGAAAUAGCUUUUAUUCAGCAUUUUGAGUAAAAUGAAUAAACAGAAUGGCUGUGGUCAAUCCAAAACUGAACACAUGUUUGUAUAAGGGUAUUUAUUUAUUUUUUAAUUUUGGGAUUAAGUUCCAUUUUUUAAAAAUGCUCUUUUGAAAUUAAAGGUUUUAAAAAUCUAUCUUUUGUUAUGUUUUGGCACAUGUAACUGAUUGGGGCUGGGUGUGUGGGGGCUUUGUUGCUUUUUUUUUUUUAAAUCCCUACUUUAAAAAUCUCAUCCAUGUGGUUUAAGGACGUUCAGUGAAUUCAGCUGCCCAUGGGCAGUUUCAGCUCUGAACCUGCACCCUCACAGUGUCUUACAGUGACCCCAUUUUUAGCAUCUGAAUUUGGCCUUCUGGGUUUCAUUUGUGUCUUCUUGUGGAAGUGGGAAAACUGUUUCAAUCCAUGGAGUUGGCAACAGAUAAUCAAGACACUUUUUGCAGCAAUGCCAGCCAUCAUCUUUAAAAGCACUUAACUCUAUUGAUUUGUUUACCUUGGUUAUUUAUGACCUUCCAGCCAUGUGCUGGCCAUUAUUUGUUUUCCUUUUUUUUUAAUAUCAGCCAUUGGACUCAUUUCCCUGCCCUCUCUGUUUCUCAUUCCAUUGCAAACCUGGAAGGCAAGCCUCCCUCGUUCCCACUGAGCUGCUGCUCAGUCUGUGUUACACAUGGCAUACAGGGUGGCUAACUACAACUUGAAGUGACUUUUAACACAGAUCCAUUGCAGGACAGGUGAGCACCACAACUGCUCAAGUACGGGGCAUUCUGAGUGCCCAGCCAGGGCAGGAAUCAACUGUUCUGUGCUUCACAAGCAGCACUCACUGUUUUCCUCCCACUGGUUUGCUUUUAUUUGAUUUUGAAAAUGAGAAAACGUUCAGUUUGUUGCUAUGUCAAUAUUAAGUAUAUAUUUAUUGUUUUUCAGACAUACAUACAUAUAUAUAAAUGCUAUAUAUAUAUAAUGUCAAUGCAUGGACAUAUGUACAGUAGAUAUUUUAAAGAGCUAUUUAUCAAGAAAAGUAAGUGUUAUAAGUAAACAAAGAGUUUAUAUUUUAUAUAUUAUGUAGAUAGCAAAAAAAAAAGGUGGUUAAAUUAUACUAGGACUUUUGGGGGUGGGGUUGGAGAAAUGGGCAAGGACUGGUUCUAGCAUUUUAAACAGCCAAACUACUUUGUACGGAAGCUGCCUGCUGUGCCUCUCGGCUGCAAUAUCUGUUUGUUUCUUCUUUUGGAAGAUUAUGUGCAUUGUUACUUUUACAUUGCUUGGGGAAUGUAGUUAGUUUAUUCUCAGCCAACUGGUAUGUGCUGCUUAACACAUGGUUUCCUGCUGUUCUGCAUAAUUGCAUUGAUGGAUUAAAAGGAUCUUAACUGGCAAAUAAAGAUGUAAAAGGA